GCAAGUGUUUACAACAAAAUGUUUCCUGUUCCUGAGGGAUUCAGGGAGAUUCUUUAUGAUUUCGGAAUAGAAAUUCUCAGAUCUAAUCCUAAAGACAUUCUUGAGUACGGUCAUGAAUACUUCAAAGCAAAAGAUGAAGGCCUUCCUCUUAAUUUUAACCGACCAGCUUCUGAAGACCAGAAUGUACCAAAAGAAGAUCCAAAGAAAUCUUUACCAAAAGAGGAACCUAAAUCUAGCAGUCAUGAAAAAGAGGAGAAUAAAGAAACUCCCAAGGGAGAUGGGUCUGGAUCUCCCAAGGAUACUGCAAAAUUAGAUAAAGACAAAGCUCAUAAGCAAGAGAUUAUUAAAACUCCUGAAUCAAAAGUCUCCUCUGCUGCAGAGGAUGUCAAAAAGGAAGCAGAAAAAUACGUGUCAGAUAUGAUUGAAAAAAUGAAGCAGGUGAAAAUGAAGCCAAAGCCAAUGAAAACCCAACUUCACCACCCAAGGAUAGUCCACCUGCUAAAGAUUCCUAACUUUAACACCCUAAUUCUUCCAAAAUCCCUACUCUAA